AAUAGGAAAAAAAAAAAAAAAAAAAAAAAGAAAAGGCGUUAACGAGUUUUCACUCUCACCGUCUUCUCCAUUCUUCAACUCACUGAUUCCUAAAAUCUCAAACAGAGCACAAUUCAUAUGCCCAAAACUUCUCUUUUCUCUCCUUCCAUAAUCACCUCCUUCCAUUUUCCUUCUCCUUCCUUCAUGAGUUAAAAGCAUCACUCUAUGAGCUACGGGACAUUCCCCAAUGGGUUGCGUUCUUGGCACACCAGCCGCCGACGCUCGCCUGGGCGCAUCCGGACCUCCCCGUCGCCGUCGCACCACGGACCACCUUUCUCAUAUCCACGGAGUUAACAAACACACAACUUCAUUAGAAAAUCAGGGAGUUCAGCAGGACGUGGAUUCCUUCUCUGUAGAGCGUCGGAGGCCUUCGCCGGGCCUUUGCCACAGGAAUGAGCAAGGUUGGCCGUCUUGGCUACUGGCAGUCGCCGGCGAGGUUAUCCAAGGAUGGACGCCUCGUCGAGCUAAUACGUUUGAGAAGCUUGCUAAGAUUGGGCAAGGGACUUAUAGCAAUGUGUACAAGGCGAGGGAUCUUAUUACGGGGAAAAUUGUAGCUUUGAAGAAGGUUAGGUUUGAUAAUUUAGAACCGGAGAGUGUAAGGUUUAUGGCCAGAGAGAUUUUGGUUCUGAAACGCCUCGAUCAUCCCAAUGUGCUUAAGCUUGAAGGCUUGGUUACUUCGAGAAUGUCGUGUAGUCUUUACUUAGUGUUUGAGUAUAUGGAACACGACCUCGCCGGACUUGCUGCCGGUCAAGGAGUCAAGUUCACGGAGCCUCAGGUCAAAUGCUAUAUGAAGCAACUAUUGUCCGGGCUUGAGCAUUGUCACAACCGAGGUGUCUUGCAUCGUGAUAUAAAGGGUUCCAAUUUGCUAAUUGAUAACGAAGGAAUACUGAAAAUAGCUGAUUUUGGGUUAGCUACUUUCUUUGAUCCUGAACAGAACCAACAUAUGACUAGUCGAGUAGUAACCCUUUGGUACCGUCCUCCUGAAUUAUUACUUGGAGCGACUCUUUAUGGUACAGGGGUUGAUCUUUGGAGUGCUGGCUGCAUCUUGGCCGAGCUGCUCGCUGGGAGGCCGAUCAUGCCAGGAAGGACAGAGGUUGAACAACUCCAUAAGAUAUUUAAAUUAUGUGGUUCUCCAUCCGAGGAUUACUGGAAGAAGUACAAAUUGCCAAAUGCAACUCUAUUUAAACCCCAACAACCAUACAAACGCUGCAUUGCAGAAACUUUCAAAGAUUUUCCAUCUUCUUCUCUACCUCUUAUUGAAUCUCUCCUUUCAAUGGACCCCGAUGGGAGAGGUACUGCCACUGCUGCUCUGAAUAGCGAAUUCUUUACUACCGAGCCUCUUGCUUGUGAACCAUCAAGUCUACCAAAAUACCCUCCUAGCAAAGAAUUGGAUGUAAAGUUGAGAGAUGAGGAAGCUAGAAGGCAAAGAGGUCUAAAUGGGAAAUCAACAGCUGUUGACGGUGGUGGAAGGAGAGUAAGAGUACGGGAUCGGGUCGGUCGUGCUGUCCCAGCUCCUGAAGCUAAUGCAGAGAUACAAGCAAACUUAGAUAGGUGGAGAAUUGCGACAAAUAUAAAUGGUAAGAGCAAGAGCGAGAAGUUUCCUCCACCUCAUCAAGAUGGGGCCGUCGGGUACCCGCCACACGAUACGUCCCAGAGGGGCCAUCUAUCAUUUGGGGCAGCUGAUACUUCAUUCAGCUCCUCCAUUUUUAGUUCAAAGUCAGGAUCUAUUAAAAGUUCAGUAGCUCCCGGGGGACCUUCUCGGAGGAAGAAAGCAGAUAAAGAUAACCCCUCAAUGUCUUCAUCUCGAAAAUUCAUCCGUGCAUUGAAGCCAUCAAUCGGGUUAUCAUUGGAUCUGUUGUUUAGGGGUAAAUAAAAAGAGAAAAAAAGAAUACAUAUCUUGAGUUUUUGAGAUGCCAAAUCUGAAGUAGAGAAGAAUGUAUAAAUAUGAUUAAUUCCUUUAUUACUACAAAAUCAAGUUCUUCCCCAUCUCAGCUUGGUACAUAAUCUACAAAGGUAGAAGUAGAAGAAUUAAGCCUGAGGGAUAUUUGUGUAUAUUAUUGCAAAAUGGGGUUCCAAAUGCCAUCAUUUUGCUGUGCCUUUUUAGUAAUAUCAUAAUUGUCAUUAUUUUUGGGAGAAGCAUCUACUGCUUCUUAUGGACA